GCCUGUUGGUCUACUUCCGCCGAUUUAUCCUGAAAAUACUUCUUUCCGUCUGUCUCCGUUCCGAGACACGACUCCGACUUGUCCGCUUUCCAGCUGGGUCUUUUUUCCUUCGGUUUCCAUCCCUGAUGACGGUCACCAUGUACGAUGAAACCCAGAGCACUAGGGCCGAAGCCCGUCGGCUCAAGAAGCGGGAAGUCGAUCGCAAGGCGCAGAGGUCAGCGCGUGAGAGGACAAAGAGGCGCAUUGCGCACCUCGAGAGCAUGGUCGAAAAUCUACGACAAAACGACACCAAGUCGCAAAUAACCUCAUUGAUGGAUCAGCUGGGCCACGUUACAAAGGAAAGGGAUAAAUUAUUAGGAGUGCUCGAUUCGCUAGGCUCCACUAUUCGCUGUCAUCUCGUUGACUUGACCACGAGCGAACCUGCUACAGACACAAGAUCCGAAUCGUCCACGCACGCAUCAACAAGAGGGUUUACGCCCCCAGUAUUGGGGGAAGAAAUAAUUCCAAUCGCUACCACUACUACAAGAGUGUCAUCAGAAACGACCGGCUCUAAAAUACUACAAAUCCCAAUGAACCCUCCUCCAAAUGAUCCCUUUACCUGCGACGGCUGGACCUACAACGGCUGGAACUACAUCGUCAGCAACGAGCCAUAUCCUACGACCAUGGAAUUUGACAACUCAAUCUUCCCACCCAGCGUGGAGCAUCUCGUUCAAGCAUAGUAGCAGGUCAACUUGAAGCCCAAUUCCCAGUGUUCAGUUUUUUAUCUUCGGCGGCUGAAGCG